AUGACGCUGAACAACCAAUCCCAGGGGAUCGACUGGUCGGAAUUUCCGGAACCGACCAUUUAUGGGAGGAGACUCAAGGUUCUCCCAGACCAAUGGCUGGACUUGUGUCCUGCCAGCUUCGAUUUGUUGGGUAUAAUCAGACUUCACAGGACUAAAACCAUAGGUCCAUCCUAUGGUAGGUGCGGGCUUGGCAGGGACUGUACUGGUACUGUCGUGUCCGUUGCUUCGCUGUGGGGACGCUCUCAUAAUCAUGAAUUGUUUGUUGAUGACUCUUUCCCACCUUUACCCAAAUCAUUAUAUUAUAACCCAGAAGAACCUAGAGAUGAAUCUGUUGACCAGUGGCUUAGGCCGACUGAAAUAACAUGUGAUCCGUUUGAAGAACAAAUAAAAUGGGCUGUCUUUAGAACACCUAUGCCAUCAGAUAUAUCACAAGGAAUUCUGGGCAAUUGCUGGUUAUUAAGUGCUUUAGCAGUGUUAGCAGAAAAACCAGAAUUGGUGGAACAAGUGAUGAUUACAAGAACAAUAUGCCCACAAGGAGCAUAUCAAGUACGUUUAUGUAAAGAUGGCUGCUGGACAACAGUGCUAGUUGAUGACCUUUUACCUUGUAAUUCUCGUGGUAGACUUCUUUAUUCCAAGGCUAAAAGGAAACAGUUAUGGGUGCCUUUAAUUGAAAAAGCUGUUGCAAAACUUCAUGGUUGUUAUGAAGCUUUGGUAUCUGGGCGUGCUAUUGAGGGCUUGUCAACAUUAACUGGUGCUCCAUGCGAAAGCAUACCUUUACAGCCAUCAUCCAUUCCAAAUGAAGAGGGCAUUGAUCAUGAUCUUAUUUGGGUGCAGUUAUUGAGUUGCCGAGAUGCUGGGUUCCUAAUGGGGGCUUCUUGUGGUGGAGGAAACAUGCAAGUAAAUGAUCAAGACUACCAUGCAGUUGGAUUAAGGCCAAGACAUGCAUAUUCAGUAUUAGACGUACAAAACAUCCAGGAGCUAAGGUUAGUACGACUGAGAAAUCCUUGGGGGCAUUAUUCGUGGAGGGGAGAUUGGUCUGAUAGUUCACCUUUAUGGACUCCUGAAUUACGUGAGCAGUUGAUACCUCAUGGUGCGGAUGAAGGAGUGUUCUGGAUGUCCUUUCAAGAUGUCUUAAAGUAUUUUGAUUGCAUUGAUAUUUGUAAAGUAAAGCCAGAUUGGAAUGAAGUUCGCUUGCAAGGUGUUCUUCCACCUCACACAGAUAAAGAGUGCUUAGCUGUGACUGCACUCACAGUGUUAGAUGCAACAGAAGUAGAAUUUAGCUUGUUUCAAGAAGGACAAAGGAAUGCUGAACGGUCUCAACGAUCACAAUUGGAUUUGUGUGUUGUGGUCUUCCGUACUUCUGAUCCAUCUAGAGGGCAAGUUGGAGCUCUGAUCAAGCACAGCAAACGACAAGUCAGAGGUUUUGUUGGUUGUCAUGCAAUGCUGGAACCUGGAAUGUACAUAGUUGUUUGCCUUGCCUUCAACCAUUGGCAUACUAGUUUAAAUUCUUUUGAACAAUUUCCAAGAUUUUUAUUAGCUAUUCACAGCUCCAAACGUCUUCUUGUGGAAAAAGUUCUUCCAAUGCCUCAUAUUCUAGCAGAUGCCAUUAUUCUUUUAACUGUUGCUAAAGGGCAACGCCAUGAGGGCAGAGAAGGUAUGACAGCAUAUUACCUUACAAAAGGCUGGGCUGGCCUAGUUGUAGUUUUAGAAAACAGACUUCCUGACCGUUGCAUUCAAGUGAUAUGUGAUUGUUCUGAGAGUAUGAAUGUAGUGUCCACUCGUGCCACUUUACGCACUGUUGACAGUAUUCCACCGCUUCACAGACAGGUGAUAAUUGUUCUCACACAGUUGGAAGGUAGUGGAGGUUUCUCAAUAGCACAUCGUUUAACCCAUCGUGUAUCAUACAGCGGAGGGCUUCAUGACUGGGGACCACCAGGGACAAAUCAUGUGCCUCCCAUCGAUCGCAAAGUUUUUGGACUCCAUGCACCCCGGCCUCUGUGACCAGUCUCCAUUGUUUAAAAAUAUGUCUAAACAUUGUGAUACAGUUCCAAGUUUGAAUGGAUCUCAGCAUUAUUGCAUGAAAUGUAUUAUUUUAUAUGUUUCACAUUUUGUAUAAGUCACCAGUUGAAAGAAGGCAGUCACAUUUCAAACAGAGUAAAAAAUUCUCAGAAUAUAUUUUUAUGUUAUGUACUAAAAUUUGUACCAUUAUAAUAUGCGCUUCUACUUAAAUGGUGCAGUAGAUGGAUGUUCACAAUUUUAUUUUUAAAUUUGCUUUCUAAGCAUUUAAUGAAUAUAAAUUAUUUUUAUAUUUUCAUUUUAUUUAUACUGCAACCCAAAUAACUAAUUAUCAGUCUUGCACCAGAUGAUGGUAUCAUGUUUCAUUUUAAAUUGUUUAUUAUCAGAAUGUACUUUUGAAUGUAAUUUUAAAGGUUAAAUUAAUGCACAAACUCCAAUUUGUUGUGAUUAAUAAUUUUUGUGGUGAAUUUCCCAUUGUUGCAAAAAGUUGCUUUUCUCCCAUUAAGUAUCUCAAUGCUGUCAUAUUGCUAAUUUAAAUAUUUAUUAAUUUAUUUGUACAUAAAAUCUAUUUAAUGGUGCUUUUAAGCAUUAUGAUCAAAAACACAUAUAGAAAAUUCAGUUAAAUCUGUCUAUGGUAAAUUAACUGAUUAGUGUUCUGAACAUAAAAUUAAGGGAUGAAAUUUAAUGAUUAAGUGAAAAAUAUUUAAACAAAUUUUAAAAUAUCCUGUUAAAUUGAAGAUUAUCAUUUUCCUUCUUUUUAAUAUCUUAAAAAUAUAGUAUAAUAUUUUUGUAUUCAUGGAAGCAAGUUAAAAUACAAAUUGAGAAUUUAAUUUUUAGAUUCUAAAAUAAGUAUUUACUAAGAAAAGAUUAUUUAAUGAUGUUUAUUUAUUAUAAAUUGUAAUACUUUAAACACUAAAAUCACUAAGGGAAUAUGAGCAAUUUAUGUAAGAAAUCGUACUAUAUCUGCUAUGUGCACUUUUUGGAGAUUUUAACAUUUUGACUAUUAUGACUAGUUUGCUAACCAAAUUUUCAUAUAAAAAAUCUGCUGUGUGACUCUAUUAUACGGUGAACUAUGGUCACUAAAAAAAUAUCCUAUGUGCAUCAGCCAGAAUAUUAUAAUAUCAAAUAAAUAUUGAUGGGUGCCAAACAUGCACAUAGCAGAUACUGGUUUGACAACAGUAAAAUAUCAAAUAUGCUAUUAUUAUUGAAAUCUUAUUGAGAUGUAAGAGAUUGUGUCUAAACAUUUUUCACUGGGGAAAAUUUGCAUUUUUUUACAUUCAUAUUUAUUAAAUGUAGUUGUUACUUCUAAUAAGAUUAUGGCUUUAAUUUGAAAAAAAAAGGGGCCAUAAUGAUUUUAAUUCGAUAUAGAUUAAUAUUUUUUAUAUAUUACAUCAUAAUAUUUUUUCUGCUACAAGUCUCAUUUUUAACUCAUCAUAAUUAAACAAACAAUAAUUAUAAUGAUACCUUUUAUCAAUUCUCUUGAUGAAAGAAGUCAGAUAUAUAUAUAUAUAGAGAGAGAGAAAUAAGUCAGCAUUUCCUUUUUGAAAUAAAUAAAUAAUACUCUAGUUCAGUUAAUGUACUUAAGUUAUUUUGAUUUAGUGGAGUGAAUAGAUCAGAUUUUUUGGGGGGUGUACCAGUUUUUAAUAAAGAAAUUGGUAAAAUUUAUGAAUUAUAAGCUUUCGUAUGGAGAAAACAGCAUUUUAGCAGAACUUUUUCAAAUAACCUCUAGACCAUAGCAUUAUAUUCUAACAAGGAGUAUGUGAAUGUAUUUCUGGAGGAAUUCAUAUGUUUAAGAUCUCAGUCAAAAAAAAAAAAAAAAAAAAAAAAAAAAAAAAAAAAAAAAAAAAAAAAAAAAAAAAAAAAAAAGCUUUUUUUCUUCUUAAAUAAUUUUUUUUCCUAAAGCACUACUUAUUUAAAACUCAAAAUUUUGAAUCCUCUUAAGCUGCUUCUAAGAUAAUUAUUAAAUUUUAGAUACAUCUUAAAAGCUAAAUUAUCUUGCAAUGGUAAAGAUGGUAGUGUAUCUCUGAAUUCUUUUCAAAAGUAUGAAAUCAUGGAGUAAAAUUUUAAAUUAAGCCUAUCUGUUACUUUAUCUAUCAGUUUAUACAGUGCCCCAUGAAGAAGCAGCUUGCCGAAGUAUCUUUACCAUGCUCUGUGGAGGAGGCCAUGGUUCUUUGGUUAUCUGUCUGGUGACUCAGUAUCACCCAGUGAACUAGUGUUCCAGUUUUAUUUUGUCUUCCUAGUCACUACUUCUGUGCACACUGCAUCAAAAAGAUGGCAUCUGUUUUGAUGGUUUAUUGCUGGAGACAGGCUACUUUUUCAUGGGUGAUCCUAUGUAAUAAGCAUGUACAGAUUAGAAUAAUUUUAAGAAUGGAAUAUAGUAAAUCCUCUCAUGGAGACAAUAUCUGAGAGUGACUAACAUUUCAGAGAGCAUAAACAAAACUUAGGUAUUUAAAUAUCACCUCUCUGAGGUGACCAGCUUCAUUGAAGAUCAAAAUUACAUAGCUGUCAAUUUUCGUCGUUUUUAAUUUUUACCUUCCUAUGGGACUGCUAAAGAAAAUAUUUCCCGCGAGAAAGUGUAUUGAAUUAAUGAAAUAUGAAUUGCACAAAUUCUUCACCAUUUAUGAUUUUCAGCAUUCUUAUUAAAUUUUAUUUGAUCUGAACUGUCUUGAUCUACUUUAAGACAUUUGUAGAACUUUCUAGGAAGAUUCAGCCCAUGUUUAAUCGGUUAAUAUUUCUAUUUAAUUUUGUUUUACGGGUUUUACGGUAUAUACAGCAGGGGUGGCCACAGUGCGGCUCUUGCAGUUCUUUAUGCAAAUAAAAUAUAAGUAUGAAAUAUGGCAAACUAAAAAUACUCAAUGUCCUAAAGAAAGAAAUUCAUUUCAUUUCUUUUUGUGAAGUUAGUAAUAAACUUAUUCAAAUGUAAUUAUUUUACUUAAUUUCUUGCUAGUUAAGAAAUUCAAUAAUGUUAUUCAAAAAAAAAAUUGUACUGUAAUAUUCUAUCAAAAAAUUUCACAAAGAAAAUCUUUAAAACUUAGAUUUUGCUUGUGGAUGCUUUAUGAAUGGAUACUUGGAGGUUUGUGGAUGCUUUCCUGGAAAGGUCUGCUGCAUUUUUGAAUUUUUAAUUGCACUAGAAAUAAAUUGGGGUCAUCUGUAAGCAUAACAGAAAUCACAUGUGAUGUGUCAAACACUUUUAAUAUCACACAGAAUUUGAUACCAGUUAAAAAUAAUUUAGAAGUUGAUUCUAUAUUAGAAUUAAUUAGAAAUUUAUGGUAGUUGGAGGCUCUGGGAAUCUCUAAUAAAUCUAAUGACAGUUGUAGCUUAGAAAACCAUGUUACCGUAGAAAAUUAUGAAAAUCCAUAAGGACAGCAGAUACAUGGCUUACUGGCCAUGAAAGAAGCUUGAAGGGAAAUUGUGGGAUAAUUUUGAGAUAGAAGAUGCAGAUUUAAGAAGAAUCCAAAGUUUCAUGAGAUUAAAGCUGUGAUAUAUCAACAUUAACAAGAAGGGUAUCGAGGAAGAAUUAGAGAAUUUAAAAACUGAAAAAGCUUCCUUUUUAUUGCAUUAAGUUGUAAUUAGAGAAAACAAACACACCACAAAACACAGCAUUGUCUGCCAGACUGUCAACAUACUAUCACUGAAUGAGUAUUCAGAAUCAGAAGUUUCUUUACAUUUCAAACAUGUCUCACUACUUUUGAAAUGAUGUAAAUAUGGACUUGUGGCUUUUGGGAAAAUCUAUUUGUGGCUGUCAAACUUUCCUGAAUUCCAACAUGCGGCUCUUAUUGACCUAAAGUUUGGCCACCUCUGCUAUAUAACAUAUAAUGCAAAGUCCACAAUCCAAACAUCUAAUACCUGGACCACCAACCAAAAAAUAAACAAGUAAAUAAAUAAAAUAAAAAUCACUCCAUACAGAAUAUAGGAAUGGAAAAUGUAAUAUUCAAUAAAAUGAAGCUGGUGUUCUGUAAAUGCAGUUUUUCUCAGAACUGUGACUUGUGCAUGUCACUUUCAAACACCUGCUGGCUAGGGAGUUGCACAGUAGUCAAUAACAAAUUUCAUAAUUACUAUCCUAUUAAUCAGUUCCAGUGGAAGUUGGACUCCAUAUCUGAGAACUGUGGUGGUGCAUCAUUCUACUAAACCUUUCUCAAGUAUUCAAUAAAACACAUUGACUGGCAUUGUACUAAUGUUGACCAAGAUCACACUUUUUGCCUUUGAAUGAUUCUGGGAGAGGGCAGGGCCGUUGCUAUGUAUUUUGCCCCCGCUGCAAUCUCUGCAGGCCAUAAAUUCUGUCGUACUGACCUAGUUAGGAAAUUAGCAUUUUCUGUCUGACCUAAAACAAUUAGCGAAGUUCCAGUGUUGCUAUGUCUACAUAUCAUAUUACCAGAUCUAAAAUCUGGAAAUUUCUUAAAUCCGAAAUUAUUGAUGUUUUGACGAUUUCUGAGUUGAACUUUGUACUAUAUUACUGAGUUUAUACACACAAAUAGUAUGUACAUUAAUUACUUAUAUUCAUCAUUGUGUUCAAAAGAACUUCGUUAAAUAAAAGCUUUCCGUCCCUAUUCGGGAUUUUCUCAGUAUAAAAGUGGAAGAAUAUUAAGAAAUGAAAUUAGCCAAAGAACAUAAAAUUUAGAAUAUCUAAUUAAAUAUUAACAUAUUUUUCAUCAGAAUCAUGUUAUAAAUAGUUCAGUUCCUAAGUCAUCCCUUAUAAAGUGAAUUUAAAGUCAAUUUUGAGUUCUGUUGAAAAGCAAUCACUGCACAGUUCAAAAACUUCGCAGGAAAUUGCAGUUUUUGCAAGAAAACUCUCCACCUCCCAAGACUUUAAGAUUGACAGCUAUGAAACUAUCUGGAACUGUAUAUUUUAAACAGGAUUAUUAUUUCUUCUCCUUUAGGCAUGAUAUGAAUUUUUCUUACUUUAACACUUUCAGUAAAAUAAUAAUACAUGAAACAAAACUUGAUCUAAACCAUGAAUGUUGUAAUUAAGGUUGUGAUUUGCAAGCUGAAUCUCUUUGAUUAAAUAUUCUGCUACAAAACAUUCAGUGAAAGAAAGUGGAAUUACUAAAACUACUAUUUGCAAGAUUUAUAUUUCAUUUCUGUCGAGUAUUAUUAUACACUUCCUCAUCAAAACUGUUAAAUAAUAAAUGCUACAAUAAUCUGUGAUCUGCAGUGAGAUUAUUAAAAGUUUUAAGAGAUCUGAACUAUUCUUUCACCUUAUUUGAUUAGAAUAAGCUAGCUGUAUGUUGUGUGAUUUUGUUAUCUUAAGACUUCCCAUGAUGUGUGUGAAAAAAAGGUGCUUCUCUGACCCGCCUAGGGUUUUGGUGAUCUGAUAUAUGACUUGACUGUUAAAAAUAAAUUAUCUGAAAUAUGCAUUAAAUAUAUAUUUAAAAUAUAUUCUACUUAAUGGUGACCUUUGCUAAACUACUUAAAGAGGAAUUUGAUUUUUAUUUACUUUGAAGUGUUCAUGGAAAGUAAAUCUAGACCUACUUAAUUUUUUGGUGCUUUAUUAAUGCCAUUUAUUCUUCUGAUUAUUUAUGAAAAAGUUCAAUGGAUUUAAAAAAAAAUCAUAUACUUUAUUCAUGAUUAAAUAACAAUCUAAUAUUUAAUUUUCUAUACACAGCAUUUUUAACACUGUAAUAUUAUAUUUAAGAAAUUAUUUCAGAGUGAAGAUAAAAUAUUUUGUAAUGUAAUACUGUGAAAUAAUUAAAAAUUUGAAAAAUAUUGAUAAUAAUUGCUUCUCACUCAAUACCAUUCUUAAAUUUGAUAAAGGAAAUUUUUACUGUUCAAUUAAUUCAAUUAAUUCCCGGUGACCAUUUUUUUACAAUAUAAUAUUUUACAAUAUAAUAUUUUACUAUAAAAGUAUAAAGAUUUAUUUGCUCAAGUAAUUAUUAUUUUAUUCAUGAAAGGACAAGAUAUUAAUAGUUUACUGUGUUUUUUAUUGAUAUACAGAUUUUUUAUUAUUUAUAUGCAAAAUAUGUGAAUUGUUUUAUUUGUGAAUGCAUUAGUAAGACAGAACAUGUAUUUAUAAAGGAAGUUUGAAAACUAUUUGAUUUUAAAUUUAAAAGUACUGCUAUUGAAUCUCUGUUUAACCUCCUGAGUGGCAUAAAUGCAUUAAUCCUGUCUUUUUUUUUUUUUUUUUUUUACUUGACAUAGAUUAGCUUAUAAUUUAAAAUAUUUUACUUUCAUACUUUCUUUAAUGAUGUAAAUAUAAUGUUAAUGAAUGGAAGUUUAUCAAAACAGAGACUAAAAUAAGUAAAUUAUACAAAUUUAGCUAAUAAAUGUUGUUUAAAUACAGUUCUUCAUGAGCAGAUCUAAAAAGCAGUGCCACUCAGAAGGUUAAUAUAAAGCUGAUAUUUCUGUUUUUGCAUAUUAAGUAUAAAAAAAGAAUUCAAGUUCUCCUUUUCUUCAUUUUUGAUCAAUCAGUUAUGAUUACAUAAUUUUCAUACAAUUUGAUCAAAUGCAUGUAAUAUCAUACUUAAAGCACAUGAAAGUAAUAGCUUUAAAGCAUUAGUUGCAUCUACAGUUGAACAAAAUUUUAAACUACCUGACAACUAUCCAAGAAUAAAAUGGUAUUAAGAUAUAAUGCUAGUAUUAAGGUUAAAAUAAUAAUGAUUAAAAUCAUCAAAUUCAAAUUUAAUUUCAAAUGUCUUACUCUGAAAAUUUACUUAUUCAUAAUUUAAAUCUCAGUUCUGUUGAUUCAUAAGUGUACAGUUACAUGUAUGUUUAUAUAUAUACACACCUUUAAAAAUAUUUGCAUGCAACUAAAUAAACAUGUAAAUAGCUAUUUUUGUAACAUAUGUUGCAUAUUAACAUUUUAAAAUUACUAUAUUAACAAUAAUAAUUGAAUUUCAUUCACACAAAUUUUUAUUUAAUGAACAACAAAAAUUUAUUUAUAUGAGAAAAAAAAAAAAAAAAAAAAAAAAAAAAAAAAAAAAAAAUAACAGAUAUAAGCUAUCAGUGGAAUUUGUUCAGUAUUACUGUUGAAAGUAUUUUUAUUUUAGAUGAGAGAAAAGAAUGCAUUGUUAUACUGCUAGUCAAUAGAUUUAUUUAUUUAUUAUAUGGAUGUGAAUGGAAAAUUAUGAAAACUUUAGUCAGAGCUAUUAAUAUAUAUAAAAUUAAUAGAAUGUUAAAAAGCAGAAUAUUAAUACAUAUAUGAUAUUAAAAUAAAUUAUACCCUUAAUCUGCUCGCCAUUCAGCUUUAUUUCAAACUGUGGCAAAAUCCAGCCUAUGAAGUGUCUAAAAAAUUCCUUUUCUUAUAUACAGUGAAAUUUAUUUUUUUAAAUACUGACAUUUAUGUAAGAUAUAGAGUAUUGACUUUCUGUUGCAUCUCAAAGAAUGUAAAUUUAUUGUAUCAUAAUACUUUUAUCGAAUUAAUAGUUAAAAUGAAUUUAGCUGUUACCACUUCAAAAUUUAUAUAAUAAAAAAUAGAAAAAUAUAUGUGUAAAUAUAGUUCAUGAAGAGAAAAUGGCAGAAUUAUUGCUAUUAGAUAUGAGUGCCUACCGAUUGUCACAGGAAAUAGAUAGUUUUAAUUAGCAUGAAACUUUUAUUUAUUGAAUUAUGAUGUGUAAUUUAAUGUAAAAAUGUAAGUAUAUGUUUGUUUUAUUGUUUUAGAAUAGUGCAAAAAAAAAAUUUUUUUUUAAUGCUACACUUGGAAUUUUACACCAAGUUUGUUAUUAUUUUUUUAUUUGUGAGUGAGUUCGUUUUUUAUCACCUUCCAGUUUAUGAGUUAUUUAUUAUUUUGAAUUUUAAUUUCUUGCCAAAUUUUUUAUUUGUUCCAUGUGUUUCUGUAAAAUAAACUUUUAUUGAAAAUAA